UUACAUGGUUAUUUGUCUGUAUGGAUCCGUGUUAGCCUUGAGCGCUGUCACGGAUAUAUCUCUUGAAAUUUCCAUGAUAUCAUUAGGGAUCAUUUGCACUAUAUAUUGUUCUAUAGGAGGAUUAAGAGCUGUUCUGUGGACAGAUGUAUUCCAAGCAACACUCAUAAUAUUAUGCUUGGUAGCUUUAUACGCAGUUGGUAUUAAAGACGCAGGUGGCGUAGCAAACAUAUAUAUACGUUCAAGAGAUGGGGAACGAUUGAAUGAUCUGUAUGAUCUCCGGCUGAACUUUACGAAGCGCUUAAGUUUUUGGGGUUCUUUCUGUCGAGGAAUUAUGUUUGGUAUUUCAUAUUAUGGAACUAAUCAAGUGGAAGUUCAAAGAGUACUCAGUUUAAGUACUUCUCAAAGAGCCAAAUCUACACUACAAAUGAGUAUUUUACCGAUGACUCUUGUUUAUCUUAUGAACAAUAUGCUUGGCGUAGUAUUAUACUCCAUUUACUACAAAUGCGAUCCCAUUUUAAACAAGAGUCAAACAGGAGUGGAAAGAUAUGAUCAAAUUGUUCCAUAUUAUAUUGUGAAUGCAUUCAGUUGGAUCCCCGGUAUGACAGGACUGUGCAUUGCUGGUCUUUUUAGUGCUGCUCUCAGCUCUUUAUCUUCGUGUCUGAAUUCUAUAGCCAGUGUAACGGUGGUAGAUAUCAUAAAGCCACUUUAUAGAAAGGGUAACAUGUCUGAUAAACAAGUUGUUUGGUGUGCUAAAAUUCUAUCAUUGGUUUACGGUGGAAUUUGUAUAGGCCUCAGUUUUUGUUUCAUGGAAGUUAGGAGUCUCCUGCUAUUAGCCACCGUAUUGAUAAGUUCUCUGGAAGGGCCAAUGUUAGCUGUCUUCACAGUUGGAGUUCUAACAACAAAGGCUUCAGACAAGUGUGUUUCAUUUACUUUGAUUGUGGGAUACAGUUUGAUGUCAUGUCUUUCAUUUGGAACAUUAUUUUCCAACUACACUCAGCCUACACUGCCACUCAGUACGGAAGAAUGCAUUCUCCAAAAUGUUACAUAUCAUGGGAAUCGUACUUUUGUUGUUCCAACAAACAUUUAUCCUGUACCUUCUCAGGAUAUUAAUAAGGAUGUUUUUGUGUUGUUUAAGAUAUCUUAUUUGUGGUACAGUACCAUUGGAUACAUUUUUACACUAGUGCUUGUUUUCCUAGCUGUUAUUUUCACAGGAUGGAAAAACAAUGUUAUUCCGGAAGAUUCUAUUUGUCUUAGUCCAGUUACUCGAAUUUGGAUGAAGGAUUUGUGCAAACCACUGGAAAUGAAGCAUGAAAAAGAAACUAACGAUACUAGAGCAUCAAAGUCUCAGAUGUGAACAGUUAAACCAUCAUUGUUUAUGUUUUUUAUUUAUUCUCUGCCUUAUAUGAAUAAAUACG